AUGAAUAACAACCACACCAAUAAUACUAUGCUCACCAGUAGUAUUAACGAAAAACUCGAACGCUACACCACAAUCUGCACAGAAUAUAGUUUUGUAAACGAGUCCCUGCUCAAUAAAAACAUAGAUCUAUCACUGCUGUCGAAGGACCACCUGUUAUUACUGCUGAACUUCAUUAAUACGAUAUCGAAGGAGACUCUGCCAGUAAAAUGUAUUUUAUUGACGCUAAAGACUAUACUCAAAAGUGUAAAAUGUGAACUGGUUGAAAUAUGCCACGUGGAAGACUCGAAUCUCAUCAUAAAUUACAUGAUGAAGGAGGGAAUGCUGCAUAAGAAGGAGAUGAAUUUCACACCAGCAGGAGCUUUCAACACGGUUUUAAACACCGGAUUAAUGCUAAAAAUAGACAAUUGCGCCAACGACCCGAGAUUCCAACCGGAAUAUGAUCAGCACACGGACAUACAAACGAACAAUAUAAUUCUGAUACCACUCAAUGACAUAUACCAGAACAUCUGGGGAAUACUGUCAAUAACAAAUAUAGUCACUGACAGUAAUUCAGAAAUGGCAGAGCUCACAGAAGUAAUAACCAGUGAGAGCGCCUUGGAAGAUGAAGCACAAAACAGUUGUAAAAUAUUCGAUGUUAAUUAUAAUGGUUCCGUUUCAGUUAGCUCCGAUUUGGAGUCGGGAAACCCCUUAAUAAUAAUGGAUGAAAAUUUGGUGUAUAUUUACGAGCUUUGUUACAUCAGCGGCAUAUUUAUCAAUAAUAUCAUAAAGAAGCUGGAGCUGGAAAUAAGCCGUGACAAGACCAAUAGUUUGCUGACGCUGAUGCACUCACUGUUCUCAGACCAGCUCGGAAUCCAGAGCUGUAUCAUAGCCCUAACAACCCAUGCCAAGAAGCUGAUUCAGGCUGAAAAUUGCACAGUGUAUUUGGUGGACAGGAUACACAAUCAAGUCUAUUCAAUAUCAUCGAACACCUCUGAGCAGAUUGUAAAGUCACUGAAUGACGCUAACAUCUUGUCACUCUGCGUCAACACAACUAACAUAAUAAUAUACAACACCUCCUACUCCUGCAACAACGCAUCCAAUAAUAUGUACUCCAAUAACAAAAACAACAUAAUAAUCAUCAACAAUGGUGACGGAGUCAAGAUCUAUAACUGCGGCCAGCAAAUGGACAGCGGAAGUCUCAAGAAUCUGUACUCAGACCUUGGAAAUAGCGUCUACUCAGAGCAACUCUUGGAGCAAAAUAGUUUCCAGGCCCUGGUAGAAGACUACAACACGAUUCGAAACGGCAUUUGGAUUCCAAUUAAGAACGACAACGACAAGGUGCUGGCGAUAAUUGAAGUCAUCAAUAAACAGGCCCAGGAACUGUUACACUUCACUGAGGAGGAUUUAAACCUUCUCGAGCUCUUCGCUGUCAUUGUGGCUCCUCAGUUUGAGAAGUCCGAGUUCUCCAUUCUCAGUUCAGUUAACAAGAGCACUGAGGCCGGCUUAGCCUUUGAGAACAUCGAUAGCAAGUACUUAAACAACGUCAAGAAUUUCAUUGAGCAGUCGAUCAUUGAAGAAGAUGACAAUAAUUUAAUAGAUUAA